UUAAAUAGGUACUUGUAAAGUGAAAAAGCACUUGUUAAUUUACAGAAGUUUCUAAGGUGAGUCACGAAAACUUCACGUUUUCAAAAAUACAAGUAAAAAAUUGAACACCUGGUACUUUGAAAAUGGUGACUCUGUCAGGUAUCUGCCUUGUAUGCAUAGCUUUCAUGUGGCUUGCAUAGAUGAUUGGUUGAUGCGUUCUUUCAAAUGUCCAUCAUGUAUGGAACCUUUGGACUCUGCCAUUUUGUCUUCUUUAACCGCUCACACAGUGACUACUUUAUCUUCUUUAGUUUGUUCACCAGCUGCGUCAGGACCAGCCAGAAAGUGA